AUGAUCCCCGAGGACAUUGAAGGGCGGUUGGGUAAUCCCCCGGCUCCCACUACGUUCGGGACCCAGUUCACCUUUUGCCCCGAUUCAUCAUCAGCCGGAGAUAUGAUUUCCGGAAAAGAGCCCCUUUUGAGCAACCCCGAUCAAAACUCGGAACCCGUUUUCGAUGGGAACGUUGGACAACCCGACGAGAAUCUAGUCGCGCAAGUUCAGGGACAAGAACGCUGCCAUCAAAACGAUCAUUUGGAGGCAGUCGACAUGGGCAUCUUGGAUGUUGGCGACAUUGAUGCUAGGAGCGACGGAAGCAGCGAGAACGGCUUGUUCGUCCAGCAGGAUCCUGAAAUCAAGAUCGAGGAUGAGGAUGACGGCGGCCACCGCAGCAAUGGUCUGAUCGAGGAAGAAGAGCCUGCCGAAAACGAUCGCCGCUCCGAUUUCGAGGAAUACAAUCGUGGGGAGGAUUACCGCAGCGACGAGCAUCCUGACGGUCCGGAAGAUGGCAACGAGAACUCCAACAGCAGAGAUCAGGUUGGGGAAGAUCAACCUGAUCGGUUUCGAGUUGAAGCUCAGGUCGGCAGAGACAAUGACAGCGAGUGCAUGUUUAUUGAGGCCGAAGAUAUCCCCGAAAGCGUCAAGGCCAGAUUUGCCGAGUUCGAAUUCUGCAAGUUCCCCGAGGCAGCAGGCGAUCUUAUCUGCAUCGGCUCGACGCAAAUCAAGGUAGAAGAGCCUGAUGACGAUCUCGUCAUGGUGGACGGCCACAGUGCAGAGGAUCCCGACUUCGUCAUCGAUGAAGACGAUAUCUUGUCCGAUGGCGAGCGACCGAACAAGCGUCACCGGGCCGCACCAAAGCGCCAGAAGAAAAGAGACGACACGCAGCCUCUGAACCCGAGACAGGCAAUGAUUGGUGGUCCGCCGGAAACAGGUGGCAAAGGAGCCUGGCAAGAGCCGACUGAUGAUGAGCUCAUGGAGAUGUAUACGGAGCAAGAACACCUCAACGCUCUAAAGGCUAAAGGGCCCCUCACCUUCCCACAGAGAGCGGCUCUGGCUCGGAUCACUGCCAAAAUUGCCAAGGUUGAAGAUAUGGCGUCCCAGCACACAGAGACCCCAGGCGUCUUAGACCCAGCGCUGGUUGGUGACGGCGGGGGGGCAGAGCCAAACUUACAACCGCCAAGUGGCACGGAAGGCAAAAAGGCUCGUCGAUUAGCAAAGACAGCCCAAGAGUAUUGGGAACGCGAGUAUGCCGAAAAGGGCUCGGGUGUACGCAACAUGGCUGAGGCAACGAAGCGAAAACGAGCCACGAAAAAGCAGAAGAAGGGGAACCAGGGCAGUACAGGAAACGCCAUGGAGGGCAGGUUGUUCAGCAUGCUAAAAGACGUCAACCCCAUCAUGGCGAGAGCCGCACAGGCCGGCAUGGCCAUGCCCGGGCCGAUUCAAGCAACAACUAGAGAGGAUCACCUCAAAGCAAUGAAAGAUUUCCUCUUCAGGGUAACGGGCAACCCCGGUCAGCGUGGCAAGUCUGAUGAUCAGCGGCUGCUUGAGAAAGCCGCAGCAUCCUUUGGCCAUAGCCAAGUCCGAGCUUCAAACGGGAAAUGGUGCCUGGCAGGGAAGAGAAUGAUCUCAACCCUGUAUAGCCAUCAGCUGGUGGGGGUUUCUUGGAUGCUCGGGCAGGAGUUCUCCCCCGAUGGCCCAUAUGGCGGUAUCCUAGCGGACCAAAUGGGCUUGGGCAAAACAGUCCAGGUGCUUGCUACCAUGUCGGUCAACCGGCCAACCCAAGCAGACGUGGACGCAGGCUGCCACCAGACGCUGAUCGUCGCUCCGGCGACUGCAAUCAGCCAGUGGGAGCGGGAGAUCAACAAGCACUGCGACAAGUCCUUCAUAAAACUGGUACAUCACUACAGGGCAAGCCAGAAAAUCAAGCCGGAAAUGUGGAAAACGGCAAACGUCAUUCUCGCGAGCUUCAACGAGGUUACAAACGCGCUGCCUUCCGACAAAGUGCUAAACCGAAUUACUGGGAAGAAGGCGGGUAACGAAGAGUGGCAAGAAGAAUACGAUGAGGCCCUAGGCGAGCUGCUCAAACAUCAGUUUUUCCGCGUAGUAUUGGACGAAGGACAUGCGAUUCGCAACGAUCGUACCAGAGCGGCAAGGGCCUGCUUUAGUUUGACAAGCAAGUACCGGUGGAUAUUGAGUGGGACACCCAUACACAAUUCGACUACAGAGUUCUACACCUACUUUCGUUUCCUCGGAGCCCAUUGGUCUGAAGACUAUACCGAGUUUGCUAAGCAGUUCGGCAACAUCGAGAAGGACGAUGUCAAGGAGAGGCUGGACGUCAUGAUUCGAAGCCUUAUGCUCCGGAGAUGUGUCGACGAACACUUCCUCGGCGCUCCGAUUCUAGAUAUACCACCAACCAACAAGAUUGAGGCUGUGGGGCAUCUAUUCCUUCUUGAAGGCGUCCUCCAGGCAAACUUCACCCUGGAGGAUUUCAACUAUAUUCGGCGACAGCUCUCGAAAACGGGUGGCAAGACACCGAUGCACCGUCAGCUCGAGCGGUGGGUUGAUAUGGAGUACAACGCCUUCGAGGCCGAGGAACACGGCUCAGUAGCCUUUGGGAGAAGCCGGUUCGGUGACGCCUUUAACAUGGACACAGAACUCGAGGAAAUGGAAGCCACCAAAUCGAUGGAGGAAGUGGUGUGCCGUGUCUGCUUCGACUUUCCCGUUGAGCCUCAGAUAACUGAUUGCGGACACACAUUUUGCGAGGAGUGCAUUGCGGGGGCCUUGAAAGUCAAGGAAUGUUGCCCGGCCUGCAACACUGUGCUUUGGAACUUGAGCCUGAGUGCUUUCCAAGGACCAGAUCGAGCACUCGGCGAGAAACAAGAUGACAACGGCGACGUACGCAAACCCAAACAAAAGAAGAAAAAGACCGAAGAGGACUGGGAAGUUGGUGACGACAGAAACUUGGCCCAGCCUAAGAUGAAGGACAGUUCCAAGUGGAUCAAACAAUACGACAAAAGCUUUCCACAUAGGCCACUCCAAGGCAGUUCCAAGACGAUCAUCGUCAAGAACCAGAUCUUGAAGUGGCAAAAGGACGCCCCUGACGAUAAAGUCAUUGUCUUUGUCAACUGGGCCAAGCUGGCUUGCAUCAUCGGCCGGAUGCUGCACGAAGAACAUAUCCCAUUUCUCUAUUAUUUUGGCGAUUUAACCAAGGACCAAAAGGAGGCCGCAAUUCUCAACUUUCAGGAGAAGCCCGACAUCAAAGUCCUGGUCGCAUCCAUCCGCUGCGGCGGUCAGGCGCUCAAUCUCAACUUUGCCAAUCGUGUGAUUCUCGUCGACCAGUGGUGGAACACGGCGAUGGAAAAUCAAGCUUUUGGCCGCGUGCAUCGCAUUGGCCAGGAGAAGGAAACCUACUUCACCAAAAUCGUGGUGCAAGAUAGCGUUGACCAGCGAUUAGUGGACAUGCAGGAGGAAAAGAGCAAGCGUAUAUCCAGCAUUCUGAAAGAGGGCGUCAGCCGCAGGACGGUACCGACGCUGGAGGAAGUGGUCGCGCUUUUUGGAGCCGGAAAUGACGAGGAUUCCGGGAAGAAGGGCGCUCAAGAGGAUGGGGAGCAGGCGGUGCUGCCGGCAGGUCAUGAGGCGGGAAGUGAACGAACGGGUUGA